CCAUCAUGGCGGAAACUAAACCUCGAAUCAUGAUGAACAGACGAAAAGUGCUCAUUUCUUAACAAUAUUCCUCUAUAAUUCCUUUAUUUGUAAGCUGAUUUGAUACAUAARCAUUCAAAAUGACUGUUAUUGUAUGUAUUGGCUGUGCUUUGAUAUCUUUUGGGCCAGCUUUUGCGUUAUUURCAAUGACAGUCGCUCGCGAUGCUCAGCAAGUCAUCGUUCUUAUUACAAGUGCGUUYUUUUGGCUCGUUUCUUUACUCAUUUCGUCAAUAUGGUGGACCGUUGUGUCGCCAUUGAAAACACAGCUGGCAUUUGGUAUUACUUUCUCUGUAUUAUUCCAAGAGUUAUUUCGUUUAGCGUAUUACAAACUAAUCAGAAAAGCAGACGAUGGUUUGUUAUCAAUGAUUAAUAACCAAUCCCCACUGAGAAAACAUAGGAUAGCUUAUGGUGAGUAGAUUAAACACCAGUGAGG